GUAGCUUCGGUCCGGCUGUCUUCCAUCGAGUGAUUACAAUGCUUAGAAAUGGGUCACAGCCCCAUACCCCAAGUCACUCAAGAACGAAGAUCGCGAUGUCUUCAGCACUACCUUACAAGGCAUCACACUCGCCAAGAAACAUUCUUCAAUGGGUAACAAUAACGCUGGGGUCUACAGUGUUGCCUCUUUCGAUUCCUCUUUCGCCCGCCUGUUCCCACCUUCCAUAGCCGCACAGAACAUCGAUUCAAGUAGGUUACUUGUCAAGGUCUUGAAACAAAUCGACGACGACAUGGUAGCGGAGGUCAAGGCGCUCACAAUCGUUGGUCAAUUCGUUGCUUCGGGUCUCCUGAGACUUCCUAUUGCGAAAUCGAAUGACGUGGGGAGAAUUAAGAGGAGUAUCAAAAUUAGAGAAGUUAGAGGCGUUGGGGACACCUUGCCGAACGACGAUGAUUUGUUCGAGCUCAAACCUGUCAUCGUAAUGCUCCAGAUGCCUGGCAAGCCUUUAACUCAUAUUCCCGAAUUCAUGUCGGAGAAGAAUUUGGAAACCAAGCGACAGAUGAUGGGCGAUACGUUGAAGUUAAUGUGCGACCGCGUCGGUGAACUAGCGCUGGAGCACAGAUUCGUUCAUCGUGACAACAUUAUCGGAAACAUCCUCGUUAUUAACAAGGGCACCGAGGUUGUCGACGUCAACAUCAUCGAUUGGGGAGGAAAAUAUCUUUCGUCCAUAAACGACGGUGUAACAUGGGAUGAUCUUAUGGGCUGGUGUCAUAAUCGGUGGGCAGUCUACGUAUGGGAGGCUAGCCUUUGAUUCAUGUCCUUAUCACCACCGUUCAUUGGAUAAAGCAUCUUACCCGUCGUGUUUUUACCGAAAAUAUUCGAGAUAUCGUGCUUGAAAUUGAUUUUGAAUGCUGUCACAGUGGUCGUCGUAUAAGCUUGCAGCGGAGUCUGCCUUGUUUUUCAGAUGUCCUCUGCCCAUAUGGAAUCCAUCCAGAUGAGUAAGUAGUCCCACAUGAAUUCUUUAACGUAGUGGGCACUGUCAGGUCCGAUUAACGUAGGGAGCAAAGAAUAUUUCAGUCAGAGUUUUUUCGGUAACCCGUAGUAUCAGUACCAGAAA